AUGGUGGUUCAGGCGAUCACCACAGUCAUCCCAGGCACAUCGCCUGAGCACGCCCUCAACUGCUAUCACACUGCCAAAAAGCUCGGGCAGGCCAUCAUCACUUCCUGCAUCAAAGAGCAUGCGGAGUUUUACUCAGAGCAGCUGUCGCGGCAGGGCAUCAGCAACAUGAUUGAGCCUGACACCACCACCUUGUAA